AUGGAUAAGAAAAUCAACACAUCGCGAUUCUACUUUGAAUACAAAGGUCACCCCAUACCCGACAUCACCACCUUUUUCAACAUCAUCAUCUCCCAAAGACCAAGGCAACCCAUCAUAUAUCUAGCCGGCGAUUCAUCCCUCGACAACAAGUACUGGCUGCCAUCCAGCUCACCAAGCGGCAAAUCUCUACCCGUUGCCGUUCCUGACAUCUACAGGGCCGCGCUGGGGCGACCAUUCCCCAAGGCAGAUCAUGACGAAUUUAUCAGAGAUCACAUCCGCGCCGAUGACUUUCUCAUCGUCUCGGUCGGCGCAAAUGACAUCGCCAUGAGCCCCAAUUUUUCUACCAUCUGGCACAUGCUUCUGCUUGCCUGGCUGACGCCGCUGUCUUCUAUCCGCAGCGGCAGAGCAUGGGCACUUCGGUAUUUUGUCAACAUGUUCAAGUCAAAGGUUGAGUUGUACAUAUCCAAGCUGGUCGAGAAGCAUAAGCCCAAGGCCGUCGUCGUCUGUAUGAUCUACUUUCCUCUUGAGGCACAGGCAGCGAGGCAAUCUAGUUGGGCGGACAUUCCUCUCAGGGUUCUGGGAUACAACACGUGGCCUGGGCGGUUGCAGGCGGCCAUCGCCAAGAUGUAUGAGCUUGCGACGAAGGAGAUUGAGAUUCCUGGGGUCAAGAUCAUUCCGUUUGCGCUGUUUGAGAUUCUGGAUGGGAAGGAUGGCGGCGAUUAUGUCGAGAGGGUAGAGCCGAGUGUGGAAGGGGGUCGGAAGAUGGCAUCGCAACUGGCGGGAAUUAUUGGGCCGUUGAUCGAAGAGGAGAAGUAG